AUGGACAAGAUGCUGCUGCUGCUUGGGGUAUCUAUCCUCCUUUCAGAAGCCUUUGCUCAGACAGACCUCACAGGAAAGGUAUUUGUGUUCCCCAGAGAGUCUGAAACUGAUUAUGUGAAGCUGAUCCCACAUCUGGAAAAACCACUGGAGAACUUCACACUGUGUUUUUGAACCUAUACUGACCUUUCCCGCCCUCACAGUCUUUUCUCCUACAAUACCAAGGACAAAGACAAUGAGCUGCUAAUUUAUAAGGAAAGAAUUGGAGAAUACGGAUUGUACAUUGGAAAUUUGGGAGCCAUAGUCCGUGGGGUGGAAGAAUUUGCUUCUCCAGUGCAUUUCUGCACCAGUUGGGAGUCCUCUUCUGGCAUUGCUGAAUUUUGGGUCAAUGGGAAACCUUGGGUAAAAAAGGGUCUGAAGAAGGGGUACACUGUGAAAGCCCAACCCAGUAUUAUCCUAGGACAGGAGCAGGAUAAGUAUGGAGGAGGGUUUGAUAAGUCCCAGUCCUUUGUAGGGGAGAUGGGGGAUUUGAACAUGUGGGACUCUGUGCUGACCCCAGAAGAAAUUAAAUCUGUAUAUGAAGGUUCCUGGCUUAAGCCUAACAUUCUGGAUUGGCAGGCUCUGGAUUAUGAAAUGAAUGGCUAUGCAGUCAUUAGGCCUCGUGUGUGGGAUUAA